GGCUAUAAGCUCCCUGUGGCCCAGGGCUGUUUGUUUCGGGGCUGUACCAUCGGAUCCUGAGGCAUGGUAGCUUUCUGUCGUGGUCUGCUAAGCUAUGAAACACCCGGAAACUUAGAACAAACUGCGCGAGGAAAGCAGAUGUAGCGGAAUGGGUGUGGUUCCUUAGGCUGUUCCUACCUGGAAAGCCACACCCAACCGCUGCUAGGUCUCUCCCAGGGUGUGGCGAGAAGGACCUAGAAGGAGGUGGCAAAGAACACACUUCGUCACUCAGCGGAUGCUGAGGGCAAGGCGCAGUUGCCAGGCAACGAUUGAGCACAAACGCCCGGAGGGACGCAGAAACCCCACAAGCUGAUGCUUGAGGCCUGGGCUCCCUAGGCAUAGGGACCAGCCAAGACUGAACAGCGGACAAUGGACCCGGGCAAUACGAAAGAAAAAGAGGAGGAGCGGGGAGUGGAAGAUGGGGAAGAGGAGGAGGAAAUCACUGCCUCCACUCUGCUGGGCAAGCCCCGAUCUCUGCCCAUCUCAGCGGUGCCAGCUUUCAGCUACAUCCCGCCGCGGCGGCACCAGGAACCCAAGGAGCUCAACUACUUCAGCCGCGAGAGCCAGACAGGAGUCAUCUCCCUCUACGACUGUGUUUUUAAGAGGAGACUAGAUUAUAACCAGAAAUUACAUCGAGAUGAUAGAGAACAUGCCAAAAACCUGGGACUUCAUAUUAAUGAGGAGGAACAGGAAAGGACGGUGCCCGUGCUGAUGUCCUCUGUGUACGGGAAACGUAUCAAUCAGCCCAUCGAGCCCCUGAACAGAGACUACGGCCGUGUGAACCACGUGCAGACCGACUUCUACAGGAAGAAUGACAUCCCCAGCAUCAAGGAGCCUGGCUUUGGGCACAUCACUCCAGCCUGAAGCCGUCUUGUGGUUUAUAGGGCACGUUGAGGCGCGCUGGCUAGGGAGUGCCCUCCACCCUCACGUUCAUAUCCAUGUUCUCUGCAGCUGCAGGGAUGCACUCUUUGACCACGGUGGGGGGGGGGUAAGCACAUGACUAUCUAAGGGGGCUUGGGCACUGAACUUGGCCGAGUACUUUCCCUCAUGCUCAAAAGCUCAGUGUAAGGACUGUCACUGGGUUUAUUUAAAAUGACAUCAUACCAGUUCAUUCUGAACACCUGAAUAAAAGGAAAGCUUG